GCUUUCCUUCGCAGCUUGCAUCGAUGCGUUUGCAUCAAGACGGUGCAAGAAUAUGUAUAGCGUCUCUAGUGACGUGCGCGGCAUCCCCGUCUACAUAUACCAGGUCACAUCGGCGGCGCUAAUUUAGGGAGCUAAACAUGCAGCAGAGAUUGGUAGCGCUCCUGCUCUUGGUAGCGUCGGUGGCGUGCGCUUUCCCGGUGGCCUCGGCGUUCGGGGGAGACGUCCGCGUCGCGCUGAAGCAUGUCGACGCCGGGAAGCAGCUGUCCAGGCCCGAGCUCAUCCGGCGCGCCAUGCGGCGGAGCAAGGCGAGGGCGGCCGCGCUCUCCGCGGUGAGGAGCCGCGGCAGAAGCGCCCGCUUCUCCGGCGGGAGCGAUCAGCAGCAGGCGCCCGGCGCCACGCCGGUGCGCCCGUCGGGGGACCUCGAGUACGUCGUCGACCUCGCCAUCGGCACGCCGCCGCAGCGCGUCUCGGCGCUGCUCGACACCGGCAGCGACCUCAUCUGGACGCAGUGCGCGCCGUGCGCCAACUGCCUCGCGCAGCCAGACCCGCUGUUCGUGCCGGCCGAGUCGGCGUCGUACGAGCCCAUGCGGUGCGCCGGCCCGCUCUGCUCAGACAUUCUGCACCACAGCUGCAUGAGGCCCGACACGUGUACCUACCGGUACAACUACGGCGACGGGACGACGACCAUGGGCGUCUACGCCACGGAGCGCUUCACCUUCACGUCAUCGUCCGGCGACGACGCGCUGAGCGUGCUGCUCGGGUUCGGGUGCGGCUCGAUGAACGUCGGCAGCCUGAACAACGGAUCCGGCAUCGUGGGUUUCGGCCGGAAUCCGCUCUCGCUGGUGUCCCAGCUCUCCAUCCGCCGCUUCUCCUACUGCCUCACGCCCUACGCCAGCGGCAGGAGGAGCACCCUCCUGUUCGGGUCCGUGGCGGACGGCGUCUACGGCGACGACACCGCCGCCGGGCCCGUGCAGACCACGCCGCUCCUGCAGAGCCCCCAGAACCCGACCUUCUACUACGUCCACCUCGCCGGCCUGACCGUCGGCGCGAGGAGGCUGCGGAUACCGGAGUCGGCGUUCGCGCUCCAGCCCGACGGCUCGGGCGGCGUGAUCGUCGACUCCGGCACGGCGCUCACGCUGCUCCCGGCCGCGGUGCUCGUGGAGGUGGUGCGGGCGUUCCAGGUGCAGCUGAGGCUGCCGUUCGCGAACGGCAGCAGCCCCGACGACGGCGUGUGCUUCGUGGUGCCGGCGGCCUGGCGGCGCGCGUCGUCGGCGCCGCAGGUGCCGGUGCCGAGGAUGGUGCUCCACUUCCAGGGCGCGGACCUCGACCUGCCGCGGCGCAACUACGUCCUGGAUGACCACAGGAGGGGCCGCCUGUGCCUCCUCCUGGCGGACUCCGGCGACGACGGCUCGACGAUCGGCAACCUGGUGCAGCAGGACAUGCGCGUGCUCUACGAUUUGGAGGCCGAGACCUUGUCGUUCGCUCCGGCGCAGUGCUGACGCGCGCUAGUUGGAGAAGGUCCGGGCGCUGCCAUGCAAACUAAAGUCAACCAUACUGGGUUGCACGAAAAAGCAAGGGCUUGUAAUAAUAAGUGCAGCCCACUGGACUCGAAAUUGGUACAGUUGGCAAGCCCAUGAUUAAGGUUCUUGUAUUCGGAUAAUAAAAAUGUUAAGCUCGGCUUAAUUUGUCUGGGACGAGAUCUCGCCCGUUACUUCUUCUAUCUCCCAAUUAAACAAGAAUAGGAAUAAAGUUAUUCCAGCGA